AUGGCGGCCAUUGGUGCCGCAGCAAUAAUUCUCGGAAUGUCGCUGCUUUUCUUUUUGUACGACUUUUUCGUUCGUCGUGAAUUUCAUGAGAAGCAGUCCGUACUGGAAGCCAAACGAACGUUUGUGCGAUUUGUUUCUCACGAAGUUCGAACACCCUUGAACACUGUGUGUAUGGGGCUUCGCUUACUCAAGGAAGAGCUGGUAGGAGUGUUAUUGGGUUGUCCCCAAACUCUUGAUCAAGGGCAGCCUGUCGAUUCCCGAUCUCCAGCAGAAUUGAAAGACUCCUUGUUCGCGUUGAGUGACGAAGUAUUGACAAACGCCGAAAGUGCCGUCGACAUCCUGAAUGACUUGUUGAAUUAUGACAAGAUUGAAAUGGGAACAUUAAUUCUGGAGCUGACAACAUUUCCAAUAUGGAAGCUCAUUGAGCAGAUUAGUGCAGAAUUUGAAUUGCCGGCGAAAUCCAAAAGUAUUUGUUUGAAACAGGAUUGGACCAGCUUGUUCAAAAGGAAAACCAACGAUAUAGAAUGUAGCGGGGGAAUCUCGUCGCUCUCGACUGAUUUUGCUGAAUGUCGGUUUGUAGGAGAUGCAGUUCGGAUUACCCAAGUUUUUCGAAAUUUACUAUCGAACGCAAUCAAAUUCAGUCAUCGGGGAGGUAAGUUUUAUCAUCGUCAGGAGUUGUCUGCCAAACCUCCAGAGCUAUGUCUCAGAUCUCUUGUACAAUUGGGGGUAGGAUCAAUAAUGAUUCGUACGUCUUGGGUCAAGCCUAAAGACCAACAGUGUGUCGCAAAAGAAUCCCUUGACUGCUUUACUUUGAGUACUGGUGAAGAGGUCUGUUAUCCUCAAAAUGGGCACGUUCAAGUAGAAGUAAUCGACACGGGAGUAGGCAUGACCAGAGAACAGCUGGAAAAACUGUUUCGACACGGUGUUCAGUUCAACGCAAACAAUUUGCAAUCUGGUCAAGGGAGCGGCCUUGGAUUGUACAUAGCGAAAGGUAUAGCCGAGCAACAUGGUGGAACCUUAAUUGCAACUUCCGCAGGGCUCAACAGGGGGACAACCUUCACGUUGGUUUUGCCCCUCCACAAAAUCCCGAGUGAUUGUCUUUCAACAUCUUCAACGAAGUUCACGCUGGACCAAGAUUUUGCGCAGAUUCCGCACCUCAUUCAGCAGCAACAGCCGACGGGAAAUUUGCGCCUACUGAUUGUGGAUGAUGUCGCGAUGAACCGCAAGAUACUUAGACGUUUGCUUGAACAGAAAGGCCAUGAUUGCUUCGAAGCUGAAAAUGGUCAAACUGCAGUUGAAUUGGUGCAAAAGUCACUCAACGCCAAGCAAGGGUUUGAUUCGAUCCUUUUGGAUUUUGAAAUGCCUAUCAUGGAUGGGCCGUCUGCUUGUAGAAAGAUGCGCGAUAUUGGUUGCCAAUGCUGCAUAGUUGGUAUAACUGGAAACAUCUUGCCACAUGAUGUGGCGCUCUUCAAGCGCGCGGGUGCGGACAUGGUAUUGCCUAAACCACUUCAUAUCGAGGCCCUUGAGGAUGUGUGGCUGGAAUACGGCCUGACGGGUUGUCUGACUUUCUCGAAGGAUGCCACCAUUGAUCAUGAUUUAGUCAAUGAAAUCAGGCACUCCAUCUAGCUUGUCAUCGAGACGAGAUAGUCUCUGUCAAUUAGUUUUUUGUUGGUACGGAUCGAAUGCGUAUAUGGGGGCGGUCCGGUUUGUUGAAGGAAUGACAUGUGGG